AAAACCAUUUUGAAAAACGGUUUUCGUUGGUGUUUUGUUUUCGAAAAGCUUGAAUUAUUUUAUUGUGACGAAUUCUGUAAAUACAGUGAGGUUUUAUUGUUAUGCGACGGCUCUAAUUACUUGCUGGGUGUUUUCUUGUUUAUAAGUAUCAAAAAUGCCCAGAACAAAGCGUCCAAGUAAGAAAACUGAGAGGGUGUUGGAAGGAGGUGAAACUUUGAAGAAAUUGGAGAAACUGGUGGCCGACCAGAAGAAGAAGAUAGACAACCGUGCCCAGAUGGAGGUACGCAAUCUGGAGCUGGCCUUCAAGAUCCUGGUCGGAUCCAUCAGCAAACAAUACAUGCAGAUGACUGUGGGGCAACUGAAGAGUGAAUUGUACCUGAAAGAGAUCUCAAACACACGAAGGAGUAGACAUUCUGCAAGGGCCGCUUCACAUGACGAUGGCUACAACACUGAGAACUCUUCGCACGGCUCCGGCGACCGCGGCAAGAAGAAGAUGGCGCCCCCGGCCAGCAGCCGCGCCCCCCGCCGCUCCCGCUCGGCGGAGGCGUCGGCCCGCAAGGCGCCCCCCCCGCGCGCCACCUCGCAGCGCCGCCGCUCCAAGUCCGUCUACCGCACGCCCGCCUACAACAAGAACGCGCCCACUGCCUACCCCGCCAUCACUCCUAAGGUGGCACCACACACCCCACUAACAGUCCUGCGCCAGCCGCGUCAAGGGGAGAUGGUGGUAUCCAUGACAGGUUCGCCCGUGAUGGUACCCACAUACUCCACGAUGCAACAAGACGAGAAAGCGAACUGCAACAUCCUGUUGGCAGACGGGACCAUGCUGUCCCUGCAGCCUAAACAGCUGCGACAGUCGCAGGCGUACAUACCCUUCUCGCUGAUGGACGCCGGCGUGCUCGCGCAGCUCCGGACCCUAAAGGACAACCUCGACAAGGUCGUCAAACUCGGAGAGAAGACCAUGAAGUGAUCAGUGUAGUUAGGGGAUGACAAAUGGGGAUUUGCGCUGUAAAAGUGAAAGUGUCUAAAAUAACAUUAAACAUAAGUUCACGACUAUCCCAAUGAGGUAAUUGUGUUACAUACAUCGCAAGAUGAAAUAAGUACCCACACCUCACCAUGAGGUAGUUAGAGGUGAUAAGGUGCAAAAGUCCAAUCAGUUUCUUGAAAAGAAAAUUAACUGGUUGCACUUAAGAUCUCCUGGUUACAUGUCGUUUCUGUAAUAGUCUAAAAACACCUACAAAAACAAAUUUCAUAAUUAUGACAACUAAUGGUUCAUAAUUUCACCACUGUUUACAAUUAAUUCGCUAGGCUCAGUGACUGCACCUCACCGAACUUUCAGUUAGACCAACAAAACAAAAUGUUGUCUAAAAUAACAAAAGUUCACGACUAUAUACCAAUUGGGGAGUAGUCAGAGGUACAUCCACCGCAAGAUGAACUAAGUAUCCACACCUCACCGAGCUUAUGUUGUCUAAAAUAAGUGUGAUAAUAAAGCCACGUAGAUAAUAAAGUUUGUCUAUAUGGGGCAUCGUGUAUCACAUCCGUUGUAAUUAUCCCGUGUCUUACGAGGUCCACUUACCUAACUUGCAAAUUUGAAAGGUCCGGUUUUUUACAGAACCGACAGCCUGUUUGACCCUCCAAACCGCGAAGGGAAAAACAGCCGAAUAAAGGUUAGGUGGUCACGUAUUUCCGAAACACAUUUCUCGGGAAUGUGGGUUUCUUCAUCAUGUUUUUUCUUCACUGCUGCCGUACGUUGUAUAUAGGCAAAUGGUUUUUGAUGCUCUGAUAAACUUAAUUAAAAACAAAUGCAAGGUUAAGUGGCCAUAUUCAGGGAAUGUCUUCUAAACCUUUUUGUUUCCAUUUUCUGUAUGUAUGAAUUGUGUACUAACAAUUUUUAAUGUUAUGGCUGAUUGUAUUAUAACGUGUGAUCAUGUAUGAAAGUAAAUAAAAAUCUAGUUUUAACUGAAA